CACAAUUUGACGUCAGCGCUGCGUACGUUGAGCAUUAGCUUGGCGCUAAGUACAAAAUGCCACCAGAUCAGAUGAGUGAAAGUGUUGCUGUCUGGUGAGUUUAGAGCCUUUUACAAUGCGAAACAAACUCAAGCGGAGAACAACCCUAAAGCCUACACAAUUCAAAUGCAAAGACCAAGCGCAAACCACUGGAGUAAUAGUGUUAUCAGAGUCGAGUUGCACUGACGAUGAAACAUCGCAGGAAAGCCGUUCAAGGGCUAUCAGAGAAAAGAGGACGAUCUUGUGCAAAAAAGGAGUUCAAAUUGCACCAAUUUUCAUAUCUGCGAUACAGCACAGGAAGAGUAAAGGAAGCUCCGAUGGGAGUUUAGGUCAGCGAGCAGGGGACAAGCAGAAAUCCGCGUUCAUUCCUCAGAAUGAUGAUGUGAAAAGUUCACCAACCUCAUCCCACCUGACUUUGAGAGGCGGAUAUGCAGCGUCUGCUUGCAGAGGACAGCUGUCAGCCUCAGCUUUGCUCAACUGUCUGGCAGAAAUCCAAACAUUAAAUCCAGCAUUUUCAGUCCAAACGAUUUUCAGCACUUUGCAAGAGAAAGCAAGUGAGGAGAGUGGGUCCACAGAGUGCUCCUUGCAUCCAGAUUCCUUACAAAACUACUUAAAAGAGAAGAGGAAACAAGGAAAUGAAAUCUCUGCAAAGUUACCAAACUGUCUGCAGACUGCGGAUGCCAGUAAGGUUUGCUGCCCCCUGAUAAUACAGGAUGUCCAGGAAAGUUCUGUCUUCACUUUACAGAAAGCAGCCAGAGGCAGCAAGCUGAGUUACACUCAUACACUGAGGCAGAAUAGUGGGAGGGUUGCAGGCCUGGAGGACAACUGUCCAGAAUCAGAUACUCAGUUACUGAAAGGCUCUGAUUCGCUCCUAAGAGAUUUCUGUUUCGAGGAAGUGCUUUGGACAGACAAGUACAGUCCUGAACGUUCAAGUGAAGUGAUUGGGAAUGCUGCCUCAGUCAAUAAACUGCUCAGUUGGUUGAAGAAAUGGAAACUUAGAGCUGAUUGUGAGGAGAGGAGAGAAACGGAGGAAAGGAAACGAGAAGAAAAUGGUAAUGAUUCAUGGGACUGUGGAGACUUCCAGGGUGAGGCUGGAGCAGAGAACCAAGGUGAGGGGUCACUGAGUAACACCAUGCUGAUUACAGGACCUUCAGGUGUCGGCAAGACUGCGUCGGUGUACGCCUGUGCUCAGGAGCUUGGCUUCAAGGUGUUUGAGGUGAACAGCUCCUCACAGCGCAGCGGCCGCCAUGUUCUGUCCCAGCUGAAGGAGGCUACCCAGUCUCACCUGGUGGAGAUUUCUGGGAAAGACCCACUGAAACCUGCAUACUUCAGCAACUACAGCUGCACUCCAAAAUCUGAGGCUUUGCCUGGAAAAGUGGUGCGUCCUAAAAAUGUCACCUCUACCUUAAAAAAGAGGCCAAAACGCAGCUUGAGUUGUAAAGGUAAAGCAAAACCAGACAUGCUAACUUUGGCGCACUACUUCAAGAUGAAGGACAAGGCAGAUCAGUUCCACUUUGGUGGCAUGUCACCAGCUGUAAAACCAGACGGCAAGGAGCUGAGCAGCCCGUCACUGGACGGUGAUCAAACAGUACAACAGAGCAAAAGGACGGCCACCUCGCUCAUUCUGUUUGAAGAAGUCGAUAUCAUAUUUGAGGAGGAUGUUGGUUUCCUUGCAGCUAUCAAGACUUUCAUGACAACCACGAGAAGGCCGGUCAUUCUGACCACCAGCGAUCCUUCUUUCAAAGAAAGAUUUGGCUGCAGCUUGGAGGAAAUCAUUUUCAAAACCCCAUCAGCAGUGAACGUAUGCAGCUACCUGCAGCUGGUGUGUCUGGCUGAGAAAGCUUGGUUGGAUUCUGAUGAUGUACGCAGCCUCUUUACUCUCACGUGUGGUGAUAUCAGACGAUGCCUGCUGCAGCUGCAGCUCUGGGUCCUCAGUGGUGAAGCAUUACCCAAAGAAACUGUGUGUCCACAGUACUCAGAAGCCCCUGAAGGAAACGGUUUAGACUCACAGCUUCCUGAAGGCCAAACGUGCUGCUCUGCUGACAUGUUGGGCCUCCACUCUGUAACCCCAAAUCAUCUUAUGAAGAUUUUAAAAUGUGAGUCCUGGUCUAAAAUAGACAUGGACAAGCUCCUGAAUAUCCUGUCUGAGAGCUGGAGAAGAGGCGUGUCCCUUCUCUAUUCCAACCUGGAGCUUCUCCUUUCCCUCAGAGCCGAGGGAAGUUCAGCACGUUACCUGGACAAAAAAGCUGAUCCUGAGCUGCAUUGUGAGCCUCGACGCCCCAACAGUGAACUUCACAUCCAGCCGAAGAACCAAACUAUCAGUCCAAAGGUUUCUGCUGCCUGCAGCAAAUCUGCCAGGAGUCGCUCUCGGCUUAGCCGAAAGAAAUUUAAAGCCAUGGUGCACGAUGCCCAGUCAGCUUCCAGUUUAAGCAAUAAAAUUCAAAGCACACUAUUAUCAUUAAACUGGACUCCACUGAGAGCUCAGAGUUCAAGUGACACAACUAAACAAAAGGCAGCCAGAGUGGGAAAAGACUGUAUAGAUGCCCUGACAGACCUCUUUGACCUCAUGUCGUAUCUUGAUGCCACGCUGCCUGGCACAGAGCCGCCUGUUUCGGGUUCAUGCACGCCUGAUUCAUUUGUCUGGACAGGAGCAGCUUUAAAGGAUGGUUUGUUGGAUGAGAUGAGUGAGGAUGAUGGCAGCAACAGCAGCAAUAGUCAGGAGGAGCUUAUGGAUAUCAAGGCUGCUGUUGAAGGUUUGGGGUGUCACAUUUGUUUUCAGAGAGUGUCUGAGGCAUGGACCCUUACCCAACCAUACACUAAAGAACUGGAGGAUAAACGACGACAGGGACUGAUGGAUAGAACGAUGAUGAAAGUUUCUCCUAAAAGACAGAGACUCAGCUUUACUUCUCCACCUCUGUGUGCAUCAAGGCCGUCCAAACUGAGCAGGACGGUUCUCAGCAGUAAAUACUUCAGCCUGCUGGGGAACAGACAGGCUGUCUGCGUCGACUUCAUGCCGGUGCUUCGCUUCAUCUGCUGCACUCUCCGUGCACAGCAACAAAAAGGAGAGCUUGUGAGGUGUGUGAACUUCCUGAGCAGCCUGGGCCUCUCAAACUCAGCCAUGAAACUUCUGACAGAAGAUUUUACUCAGAGAAAAGUUUGGAAAGACUCUUGAAUCUCACAUCGUCCAGUUCCACUCUUAUUUUUUUUAACCUGAAAA